AACCGUGCAGCACAAUACCAACUACAACCCUACAACCUACUGAAAUAAACAUGCUGACACAAUCGUACAGCAAGAUACCGCCUACAACCCCACAACCUCCUGCUGUAACUACGAAUGAUCCAUGUUAUAAAUGUGAAGAUGGCUGGAAGCAACAUGGAGGAAAGUGUUAUUUUUUCUCCACAAGCAAAUCAUCCUGGAAUGAGAGGAGCACUGAAUGUAUCACUAAAGGAGGAGACCUGGUUAAGAUAGACAGCAGUGAGGAGCAGAGCUUCUUGAGGAUAGCUAUUCAACAAAAACUUGAGAGUUAUGACAACCUUUUCUGGAUCGGACUGACAGACUCAGCAGUAGAGGGCAGAUGGUUGUGGGUGGACGGCUCACCGCUGAAUGAAAGCCAGAUGAUUGGACUGGAGAAGAUCCUGGUGGAGAGGACUGUGCAAGGAUGGGGAAAACGUAUUGGUUUGAUAUUUCCUGCAAAGUAA